AGUGUUGCUCCAGACACCUCGGUGGGCGGACGUGUCGGCCAACUCUCGAAUAACUUUAUGUUUAUUAAAACAAAUCGUUGUGAAUGCCACGGGUGUCGAAUAAGAGGUGGUUUGUGACAAAGGUGAAAAUAGUAGAACAAUCAUAACAAAAUCAAUGUUUUGGGUCCGGCGACUAUAAACAAGUGAAUAUCGCAGGAGGAGGAGGAUCGAGGUUCACCACAAGAGGAUCCAAGACCUCUCCAGCAAGACGAGAGUAAUUAGCCAGAAUGGAAGAAGAUACAGAAUACCUAAAACUUCCCCUCGAGGACCGCUGUGUACACAAGCUAUGGAAGGCCCGUCUCAAUGGAUAUGAAGAGUGCACUAAACAUUUUUCAAAAAUCACAGAUGAACGAUCUCCAGAAUUCAACAAAUUUGCACCUCUCAUGAAAAAAUUUGUUACCGAUAGUAAUGCUGUUGCUCAAGAAAAGGCUUUGGAUGCAGUCUUGGCAUAUGUGGAGAAUGCCCACAUUGCUGGCAAAACUGCUGGUGACUGCACAUCAGGCAUCGUCCAAAAAUGCUUGGCUGCUGCAAAGCGAGGCACUCAGGAGAAGGCGUUGGAGGUUAUUCUUAUGUACUGUGAAAUUGAGAAAUAUGAGGUGGUCCAAGAAGAGCUCAUGAAGGGCUUUACACAAAAGAACCCAAAGGUGGUGGCAGGAUGUGUGCAUGCUAUAAGUACAGCUUUGAGGGAAUUUGGACCCAAAGUAAUGAACCCAAAGCCCUUGAUGAAACAAAUGCACACACUGCUAGAAGACAGAGACAAGACUGUGCGGGAAGAGGGUAAAAAACUGGUUGUCGAACUGUACAGAUGGAUCGGUCAAGCUCUGAAGCCACAGAUGUCUUCUCUUAAACCAGUUCAGGUUCAAGAAUUAGAGGCAGAGUUUGCAAAGCUUGGAAAUGAGAAGGUGGUUCAAACACGCUUCCUACGAUCUCAACAAGAACUCCGUGCCAAGAUAGAGGCUCAAGAAGAUGGAGAGGCAGACGAAGAUGAAGAGGAGGAGGAAGAUACACCAGCUGUAGAUCCUUUUGAUUUGUUUGAACCCGUCGAUAUCCUUUCCAAGCUUCCAAAAGAUUUCUAUGAAAAGGUUGAAGCCAAAAAAUGGCAGGAUCGUAAAGAAGCAAUGGAGGCGCUGCAACCUCUCACACAGAACCCAAAACUGGAGCAGGGUGAUUACCAUGAUCUUAUGAAGGCUCUAAGAAAAAUCAUUAGCAAGGACACGAACGUAAUGAUAGUGGCACAGGCAGGCUUGUGUGUGGCAGGGCUGGCUAACGGAUUGAAAAAGAAAUUCCAAAUAUUUUCCCUCUCAUUCACGGAGACCAUCUUGGAGAAGUUCAAGGAGAAGAAGGUUAAUGUGGUUUCUGCCAUGCGUGAAGCCAUUGAUGCUGUGUACCAGACGACCACCUUAGAGGCAAUACAAGAAACAGUGAGUGCAGCGCUGGCUAACAAAAAUCCACAAGUGAAAGCAGAGACGACAGCUUUCUUGGCCAGAGCCUUGUGUUAUUGCACCCCGGUGAUUCUCAACAAAAAACUGGUGAAAGCCAUCACCACAGACCUCUUGAGAGGCUUGAAUGAAUCAGAUCCUACUGUUCGUGAUAACUCGUGUGAGGCUCUGGGUGUGAUAUUGAAAGUGAUUGGAGAGAAACAAAUAAUGCCAUUCAUCGCUGAUGUUGACAACUUGAAAAUGCAAAAGAUAAGAGAGUCGUCAGAAAAGGCCGAGAUAAAGGUGAAGAUAUCGGUACCAAAGGCCAAAAAACCAGCAGCAGCCAAGAAAGAAGCCCCCAAGCAAGCUGGUGCAGAGGGUGGAGGUCCUGGAGCAAGCAAGGUUGUGCGGGGAGGAGGAAAGCGUGCACCAUCAGCAGACACAGCCAAGGGAAAGAAAUCUACUGCUGGAAAGGGCACUAAAGGAGGAGGGGGAGGUGGCGGAAUUAGAGGAGGAUCUGUCGAGGAGUGUAAAGAAGCAGAAAUCUCGAUAGAAGAAGCCUUGGAGAAAGCUGGUGAAGUCCUUCCUGAAGAUGUCAUGAGUGGAAUCACAGAUGCUAAUUGGAAGACGAGAUUAUCUGCUGUGGAGUCCUUCAUUGAGACAACAAAGAUGAUGGACCGCAGUGAAAUUCCAACUCAGGCAUUAGUGAGAACCCUGGCCCAAAAACCUGGCUUGAAAGACAACAAUUUCCAAGUUCUUAAAUUAAAACUUGAAGCCCUCAAAUAUCUUGCUGAAAAUUCAGAUUUUACCAGACGAUCAGGAGAAGCGUGCAUUCAAGAUCUGGUGGAGAAAUUGGGAGACCCCAAGAAUGGUCCAUUAUGCGGAGAGGUUCUUACUGCUGUAGCCGAGGCAGCAAAGUUACAGUGGGUGGGCCCAGAAGUCAUGACCAAAGCAUUUGAACAGAAGAGUCCUAAGGUUCAAGAAGUUGCUGUCAAAUGGCUCUCGGAUGCAAUCACAGAGUUUGGUUUUGUGUUACAGCCAAAGGCCAUUAUUAGUGAUAUCAAGAAAGCUCUGGCACAUACCAACCCUGGUGUGAGAACUGCCGGCAUCUCACUCUGUGGCACCAUCUACCUCUACAUGGGCGCCACACUUCGAGUCUUCUUCGACGACGAGAAAGCUGCUCUGCUUCAGCAAAUCGACACAGAAUUUGAAAGGUUAAGUGGCUCGACUCCUCCUGCUCCGACCCGAGGCCUCAAGCGUGACAGCAGCACUGAGAAUGAUGGAGACGACGAUGAUGUAGACUCGGGACCAGCUACCAUUAAUGUCCAAGACUUGGUACCACGGACCAACAUCAGCGAACAACUUACCUCCACUCUUUUCAGUGAUUUAGCUGAUAAGAAUUGGAAGGUGAGAAAUGAAGCAUUACAAAAAAUUUCCAAUAUAAUAUCUGAAGCCAAGUUUAUCAAGGGAGAUAUCGGUGAAUUGCCAACUGGACUUGCUGCUCGCAUGAAUGAUAUGAACAAGAACUUGGCCCUGGAAGCCUUACGCAUAACGGCAUCUCUUGCUGUAGCUUUAGGUCCUAACUGUAAACCUCACACAAGAAAUAUUGUUCCUGGUAUGCUGACUGCUCUGGGGGAUAGUAAGCAAAAUAUUCGGCAACAAGCCAUGAGCACACUCAACUCUUGGGUUGAACAGGCAGGAGUGAAAGAAACCAUCGAUGGAGAGGUGUUUGCUGAUGCUCUGAAGACUGGUUCACCUUUCUUGAAAGCCGAGCUCUUUCUCUGGAUGGCAGAGAAACUGAAAGAUGCUCCACCUAAAGGUAUAAAUAAAGAAGAAUUGCAUGCGUGCACCCAGUACCUGUUCAUGGCUUUAGAGGACCGUAAUGCUGAUGUGAGAAAAGGGGCCAAUGAGGCAGUGAUGCCCUUCAUGAUUCAUCUGGGCUUCGAUGGUAUGGUCAAACACACCAGCAAAGUAAAGCCGUCUUCCAAGAAUACUGUGAUGCAGGCAUUGGAGAAGGCUAAGCCCAGCUUACCGGCUAAACCUCAGCCCAAACCAAAAGGCAGUACAAGUGGAGGUGGCCAUGUUGGUCGUGCAGGACAGACGGGUGGAGGACCAUCAACCACUGGGGGAGGGAAAGGUGGCACACCAACCGGCAAGAAAAACAUAAGAGCUCUCUCGGCCACAAGAAUGGGCUCAACUGCUGCACGUAAGGAUUCGGAGGAUGUAGACACGUCACCACUCCUCCAGGUGAACAAUCUCAAGCAGCAGCGGGUAUCGGAUGAGCAGCGCCUUAGAGUACUACGCUGGGACUUUACAACCCCUCGAGCAGAGUUCAUCACUCAGCUGAAGGAUCAGAUGACCGCAGCUGGGAUGAAUCGACAGUUGGUUUCAAACAUGUUCCAUCAGGACUUCAAGUUUCACAUCAAAGCUAUUGAUGGUUUAAAUGAGGACCUCAGUUCAAACUUGCCAGCUUGUAUUACCAACCUGGACUUGAUUUUGAAAUGGCUAACUAUCCGAUUUUUUGACACAAAUCCAUCCGUGAUUAUGAAAGCUAUGGAUUAUUUGCAGCAAGUGUUCCAGUUUGUGUCGGAAGAUGACUACCAUUUACUAGAUGCCGAAGCCUACUGUUUCUUACCAUUUUUGGUCACUAAGUUUGGUGAUCCUAAAGAUUCCAUCCGAGGCCCAGCAAGAAAUAUUGCAAAGUUGAUUUGUAAUAUUUAUCCUGCUAGUAAAGUGUCUCCAUAUAUGAUGGAAGGACUAAAAGCCAAAAAUGCAAGACAGAGAGCAGAGUGUUUAGAAGCCAUUAGUAAUUUGAUAGAGGUAUAUGGAAUGUCGGUGUGCCAGCCUUCUCCGGGUGUUGCUUUGAAAGAAAUUGCUAAACAGAUUGCUGAUCGAGACAACUCGGUCAGAAAUGCGGCCCUUAAUGCUCUUGUCCAAGUAUACUUCCGUGAGGGCGAGAAGGUCUUUAAACUUGUUGGCAAUUUAGCUGACAAAGACAUGAGUUUAUUGGAGGAGCGCAUCAAGAGAGCGGCAAAAAAUCGACCCGUCAUAAAGAAGCCACCAGUGGAACCCGAGGUACCAACAGUACGAGGGGGUGGUGCCGCCAAUGGACGACCGAAUCGUGUUAUACCAACUGCAGCCCAACCAGCACCAGUUCUUGUCAGAGACAGAGAAAGUACUGCUGUUGGGGAGCAAAGUAGUCUAUUGAAGAGAAGAAUGUACAGGAACCCUAGCUGGAGCUCCGAGUCAAUGGACAGGAGCCAUGAUGAUUUGGGGUGGUCCCCACCUGUACACCACAAACCUCCUCGGCAUAAUUCCUCAGCGGGUGUCUCUAGUAGCACUAGCAGUUUGAGUAGCAUGAGCAAUAUUAGCAGCAUGGGCAGCUUAAACAGUUGUGAUGUCGGUACAAGUUCAAACAGAGGUCAGCUGAAGGGAGAUUGGCCAUUGCCUCCUUUGCGUAGGAGGCCUCUCACCUCUGCUACAUUAGAGCAAGCACGUCGCAUAUCUCGCUCGCUCUCAUUUCUCUUGGGAGAGCCCGAUUUGGAACCUCUGGCUGAAGAGCCACCCUCGCCUCACAAUGGGCCUUGUCAUGGGCUGCCUCCUCUUUCUCCUCAUAUGCCUCCUCUUCUCACAAGAACGGUCACUUCACCUCACUUCCCUGGGUUUGGAAUGAGAACCCAGCAGUCUAGCAAUGUCAAUGCUCCAUUCAAAAUUGAUUAUGGCCUUAUUGAAAAACUGUUGGAGGACAAUGACAACAGUGAUAGGCCGCAGUACAACAUUGAAGAAAUCCCAGAUAUGGCUUCCUUACUCAAUUAUAAGCCUGUUUGUCCCACACCUUCUUCAAGACUAACCAGGCCAGGCUUCAGCUCGGUGUCCAGACCCAUAACGUCAGCCUCAACGUUAGAGGCCGAGGGUGCAGCGCAGGCCAUCAACAUGGUCAUAUCUCAGGUAGCUACUCCAGAUGCCAAUACAGUUAUAACAGCAUUGUCCCAACUUGAUGAGGUGCUGCAGUCAGAAGAGCGGUGUUGUGAGCUAGCUCCUCACAUAGACCAGCUGCUGAUUGUAGCAACGCUUCAGUAUCGUCUAGUUCUCAAUACGAAGAUGGCAAAUCCUAACGUUAAUAAGGAGGAGUGUAUAAAAAUUUACCGGUCGCUGACUAACUGUUUGAUGAUGAUUUUCAACAACAAACAGCUCGGUACAAAGGCAACUCGAGAUGUUCUCAGAGAUGUUGUACAUGUUCUUAUUCAUAUUCUGUUGGAUCCUCGCCUCUCGCAACUAGAGGAUGGACCACAAAUUAUUCGUGCAAUUAAUGUGCUAGUAGUCCGUUUAGUCGAAAAGGCACAGUUCACUCACGUAUUCAGUGCGUUACUGAAGCUGCUCCACGAGAGUGUUGGUAGUGGAGGUGGGUGCAAGUUCACUGAGCUGGUGAUGAAGUGUAACUGGAAAGUUAUUAGAAUUCUUCCAUCUCGCACCAGCGACCUCGAUCUCGACCAGAUACUUUUCGACGUUCACAAUUUCCUAGUGGCUUAUCCAGUGAACACGUGGUCUGAGCGGCCAUCAGAUACCCCACUGCGCACGAUCAAAACAGUCAUCCACACCCUCUGUAGAGUCUACGGCACAACUAUCCUCAGUCACUUCUCCAAAAUUGACAAUGCUCAUGGGUCUGAACUCCAUAAGUACCUCACUAAAGCCCUCAAAGAUGACAAACCAAAAACCGAAGACGACGGUGGCAUUGGUGAUAGCAACAGAUUAGCUGCGGCGCAAGUUACUAAUGAUUCUGUGGAGAGUGGCAAAUCCCCUAAGAGACUAAGUAAAACAGCCCACAACACAUUAUCCGAGAUCUUCCGCAAAAUUGGCUCAAAGGAAAACACCAAAGAAGGCUUGAUUCAGCUGUAUGAAUUCAAGCAGAGACAUCCAGAGGCAGACAUUGAGCCAUUCUUAAGAAAAUCAUCCCAGUUCUUCCAGAAUUACAUUGAGCGAGGCCUGAAGAGAGUAGAAAUGGAACGGCAGGCAGAAGUAAAAGUGGCGUCUAACCCUGCUUCAGAAAAUGGGUCAAACUCAGCAGGACCUUUGGCUUCCAUCCAAGUUCCAGACACCACCAACUUCAACAUGAAUGACCUUGUUGAUCAAUUCAAGUCCAUUGCAGCCCGUGCUGGAUUUGACAACACCUAUAUUGAUACAGCUGUCAAAGAUAUCUGCAGCACUGAAAAGGAAGCGAAAGGAGACAUCUCCGAGUAUAUCAAGAGCUUACCAUCUGAAUUUUCUGUAGAACAAACUAUGGAUCGUUAUGGGUCUCAUGAUCAGUGAAACUUAUAUAUUUUUUUUUUUUUCUAACUUGCAAAAAGCACACAAUUUUUAAUUUUAAUCUGGGACAGUGUAAAGUAAUGCGAGUAAACCUGUUUGAAAAGCAAGCCAGUGGCUUUGUGUAGUGGUUACUUGCUAGUGGAAUUUUAGGUUUGGAGUGGAUGUACUUGGUGUAUAAAUAUUUUUGUGAACCAAUUAUCUUUCAAGUUGAGGAAUCUAUUUUUUCUCUACCAGUGUGAGACAUGGUUCACAGUGGAUGAAUGGAUGGUGGUCUUUGAAAUGUGCCUCAAACUUCAUCUCAUUUGUAUUUCCAUUGUGUACUACUUACACAAGCUUGGUACGCUAAUGCUACAUCGUGAAUUAAAAAUAAUAUUGAAAUUAGUUUAUUCAUUCCAUCUGCCAUAUUAACCAUUUAUCCAAAUCCAUUGUAUAUGUUAUACGUACAUCUCUUGGCAUAAACCUUCAAGGAAUAUGAUUAAAAUUGGGAAUUAAUGAGCGGUUUUUAUUGGGUAAGUUAUGGGUGAGUGCGUGCCACAUUUCAUGCUAGCAACAUCCCUCAUAGACACUGAUUUGACGUCUCAUAUGAAUCUCUGUCUGUAUACUGAAGGCUGCUUAGUAAAUAACUUAAUCGGGUAACUGCAGUGUGUAAUAUAUCCUUAACUGAUAGGUUGGUGAAACUUGUAUCUAUAAUUAUAUCUUCUAUAUAAUUCAUGUCUCAUUCAUAAAUAUCUGCACAGCCUCUGCAUAACUAGUACUGUACUAUAUUUAUUGAUUUUUUUUCCUGAACGGAUUACUGCUAGUGAGCAUGUAUAAGUGGUGUAUCGAGCCGGAAAUUCCAUUAAUAUACAUAUAUAUCUUCAAUGUGUUAUUCACAGUAACGUAUGACCUUAGAAGAUUCGUGAUCUCAAAAUUCAGUAAAGUUAAAUCAGAUUUGUUUUUUAUUUUAUAAAUUUUACCUUCUCUUUCCCCAUCUGGUAUUUAUAGAGCAGAAUCAGCUCUCACAGUGCAUCAUUUGUUACUUUAACUGACGUUAUGUAAGAAACUUUUAAUAUCAUUCCAAAAUACAUAUUUACUUGUGUUUACAAAAAAAAGGAACUUUUGAAAGAGUAAAACACGAGUCCCUUAAGAUUAUAAUUCGUGUAGCUGCAUUUUUUUGCAGAUAUCAUCUAUGUUCAGAUUUUCCUGAACAAGCCUCGAGCCUAACAUUUUCUUCAUAACCUGUACCAUAAUUAUAAUUAUCAUUCUAUUUUCUCACACACCUUGGACAUGAUUUACCCCUCAGUGUAUAUGUUUGUACUUGAAAAACUCAUUAAUUGUAGUUUUAUAUAUUUUUUUCAGUAAAAACUUCCGUUGCUAAGCACUUCUUGUAAAUAUUCAAGUUUUAGUUAAACGCAAUUAUCUUAUCAAAAUACCUAUACUACGACUUAUUGUAAAAUGGAUCGGUCAAUAAAUAAUAGAUAAAAAAUUU